UGUGUUCGUCGGUCGCGGCACAACGUCGUUCUGCUGUCGUUCGUCUCGCAGCAAUUUUUACAGUUUCUCUACACUCUAGUUGCAUACAGUUUUGUGAAAUUGAAAAUUCAACACCUCAAAAAUUAGUAACACCACUCAACACGGGGGUGCGUUUGCGUAAUGCGCAGGGGGAAAAUUGUAUUACAUUACAGUUGAGUUGUCAGCGAAUAAAAAAACGCAAGUGUGGCGUAGUGGAGAGUGUGUGAUCGUUUUUCGAGCUAUCGAUAACGGAAUGCGGAAUGCCAAAAAGGCCAUUUAAAUCGUGAAAAGCAAAGCUAAAUGUGUGGCAAAAGUGUAAAUUUACAGUCAACCCGUGCCAAAAAUUAAAAGCGAAGGGCCCACUUGCCCCAUACUCGGUACUAGGUUUUUGUGGUGGUGCGUGUUGAAAUUGAUGAAAAUAUUUGUUUUUAAAUAGUGUGCUGAAAGUUUUGUGCGGAAGUGUGAUUUGAAAACAAAUUGAUUUACCUAGCCAGAACAAGCCAGUUUGGAGCAGUGUCGUUCGUGUAGCAUUAAACUUAAACGAACUCCAAUUGUCCGUCGGCAUAACAUACGUGCCGAGUGGUUUGAAGCAAAGCGAGUUUGUUAUUCAUGAAGUAAAAAAAAAUAACGUUCUCUUAAUCCAAAUUACAUUUCUGAUGUAUUUUGUCUGUAAAAACCAAGUGUUUGUGUGUACAGUUAAAUAACCAACCACCGACGGGUGUUUGAAAAUAAAUCAACACGAAUUAAAUUAAUGUGCUAAACUGCAAUACGAAGUUGAUAGUAAGCAAAAUAGCGAGAAAAAGUAAAAAAAAAACACGCAGCAAAGCUGCCUGCGAUGGAUAGUUUGCGUAUGUCAGGAAGCGAAGUUACCGACGGGAUGGUAUAAACGAUGACACUUCACUGUCAAUCAAAACGUCUUCUAGUAGUAACAAACGGUGCGCGGUUUGGUUGAGAGCAAGUGGAACCGUAUCCCACGGGGUAUUUGUGUAGACAGAGAAAGUUAAAGGUGUAGUUUCAAUUAAAGAUCUCCCCCAAACCGAAAAACGCUUAUCAAAAUGUCGGUCCAAGCGAAAAGGCAACACUGCUAUCUGUGCGAUCUACCGCGCAUGCCGUGGGCCAUGAUACACGACUUUUCCGAGGCUGUCUGUCGUGGGUGCGUCAACUAUGAGGGCGCGGACCGGAUCGAGCUCGUCCUGGACACGGCUCGCCAGAUGAAACGCAUCCAUUCGGCAGCCAGUGGUGGUGGUGCGGGCGGUGGCAGUGGCAGUAGCAGCGGUAAACGUGGCCACGAGAAUGGAGAACUGUCACACCGGUCGGUACCGACGGCCGCCGGGCCCCAUCAUUAUUCCGUCCGGACGGGCCCAACAUUGGUGGACUUCACGCCGAAGCACGAACCACACGACAUAGCCAGUGUGCGGGCCGGUGCCCGGAUGCAGCAGCAUAUUCCACCGCACCAUAUGGCCCCGCACGGUGCCGGCCGGCAGCAGGUUCCGCCGGCCCUGUCGGUGAAUCUGAAGCGACCACCGCCAGACGAUGACGAUCAUCAGAUGGAGGGUCCAACUGGGAGUGCGAAGCGUGGGAACGAAGAUCCGACCGUAGCCAUUCAGCGGCCACCGUUGACGCGUGGCGAAUCACUGCCGGCCGUACCGUUCGUGCCGGACCGUCAGCCCAGCUACAAGGAUAAGCAUCCCGUACGAACUGCAUCGUUCGAUACGGCCGCCUUCAAGGCACUUGACCAGAAGCAACAAAACGUGGGGAUUUUUGUGAACGCCCCAGUAAUGCCCCGAGUCUAUCCGAACGUGAUACCGAUAGCGCCCGCAUCGAUGGGGCCCGGUGGUGGGGGUGGCGGUGGUGGUGGUGGCGGAGGCGGCGGCGAUAGUACACCACCGGCACCGUCCGUCGCACCGUUGCAAAGUCCGAUGGCGAACCUAAUGUCGAUCACCGAAACCCUUCCGCCCGGCAGUCCCCGCAAUGGGCCAAGCCCACCGGGCCCACCGCCACCGCGGACAGCGUCCCGCGGCUCACAGCAUUCGCCGAACAGUUCCGGCUCAUCAAGUGGACGAAGAUCUUCCGGUUCGAGACAUGUGUCCAGUACGACGGUUACCUCGUCUGAAGCACAGCAACCGAACUCCUCGCUGCCGGGUAGCGGCGGUUCGACGACACCGAACGGUGGUAACGCCGGUGGUCCCAAUGGAGGCAAUGGUAACACACCGCCCGUAGCCAUGGGUCCACUCGGGCCGGGUCAACAAAUGUCCCAGCAAGUACCUCCACCACCGCCACAAUCACAGUCUCAAUCACAGGGUGGACCACCGGACGGUGUACCACCGGGAAUGGGUGGUAAUGCCGGUUCCGGUCCAAACCCUGCCGGACCCAAUGCAAGCCCUGCUCCUCCCGGCGCUGGCGGACCACCAGGCAGCGGUCCCGGCAAUGGUGCACCCGGUGGUGGAGCUGGCGGACCGGGCAGUGGUGGUCCGGGAGGUCUUCCACCACCACCCGGUUCGGCACCGAGUAAUGCACCGCCCGGUACGGGUGGGCCGGCACCGGCACCUGCACCAAAUCCAACGCUCAAAUGUACACUGUGCCAGGAAAGGCUUGAAGACACGCAUUUCGUACAGUGUCCUUCGGUUGGUCAUCACAAAUUCUGCUUCCCCUGCAGUCGGGAGAGCAUCAAGCGACAGGGCUCUGGCGCGGAAGUGUAUUGUCCGAGUGGGGAAAAGUGCCCGCUGGCCAACUCGACGAUACCGUGGGCAUUCAUGCAGGGUGAGAUUGCGACGAUCUUGGGCGAAGAGCUGAAGGUAAAGAAGGAGCGCGAAACGUAGAGAAGUCGGUACACCGUUGCCAACAGUGUCGCUGGCCCUGCGUGCACGGGAAGAUACACCACGAACACCACCUACACGACCACCGGUGGCAGUUGCAACAGUAAUAGCAGCAGUGGUUCAACGUCCAGCGCAACGUCCACGGUUGCCAUCGGGCCCGUUCCAUCGGUUUCGGUUGGCGAAUCCGGUGCAUAUUACACCCGGAUGUCCGUCGAUGGUUACGAUGAAGUGAAUGCGUCCGAAAACGACGAAGAGGAUGUGCGAGAGCGUGUCGGUAGAGUAUCGCCGAACGAGGAAUCUGAUCACCACCGAACGAUGGCAAACGUUUACGGUGGCGGAAGACGCGAUAACGAGCACACAGUGCAAUCGCAUCCGGUUGAUACUGCACCGCAGCAGCAACAGCAGCCACCAUGGGAAGCGGAUUUCUAUCAGCAAUCGCAACCUCAACCACCAUCGAUCCCACAGCAACAACGGUACGAUCGUCAGUUGCGAUCGCAUCGCCAUUUGCGGCAUCAUCAGCGUUGAAAGAGGUGAUCCCAAAACGUCACCGGUGUAUCCUGUUUUGAACUCGCCUACAAUACGAUGUUGUAUCGUGCACUUUUUGGUAGGGUGAACAGCGACAGUGAAAUGUUGGACAACGGAAUGUGGCGACAAGCGCGCAAUGUUGCAUUGUUUUGUCUUUUGCGAUUUAUAAAAACGCAGAGGAAACACCCAACAAAAACCCAUUUGUAGAUAGUUUUUUUUUUGGAGGAUAACCGCUCCGCUCCACAAGAAGUUUUGGCCGAUAGCGCCAUCAGCAGACGAAAGGAGCAGUAAUCUUUUUUUUUGUAGUUUUUAAUGUAUCAUUUUUAAUUGUGUACCUUGGCGUACUACUGGGAAGAAUCUGGGACGGGAAAAAAUUGGACACUAACCACAGUAGUGUGGGUUGCAUCCCGUUUUAGGAUUCACUGUACAUAGUUUUGCGCAUUGGCGGCAGAAAGAAACAGAAAUGAAGGAAUGGAUUCAAUUUCGCAUAAAGGAAUAAUAAGGAUAGGAAGCAGCACCGUAUUGAACUGUUUGGUAACAAUUAACGUUUACAAUCAGCGAGAGAUGAAAAUUUGAUGAUGAUAGAUUCUUUCGUAAGCGAUACAACAACCCUCUGAUGCAAGCAACCAAUACCAAAACCUUUUCCCAAGCAUCUUUUUUCGAUGGCAAUGUUUUGUUGCUCAAAACGGGAGGAAAAGAGGGAUUGGGUUUGGGCUUUUUCGUUGUUGGCUUCGUUCCUGCAAGAGUACAACGGUAUAUUUUUGAUUUUAAGCUAAAGAACGAUUGGAUUGUGUCAGUUUGUCUGAAAGGUUUGCAAUGAGAGCGGUUUUAAAGCUACAUUUAUGUGAAAUAGUGUACAGCACGAAUUGUUCAAGUUUUUAAAUAAUUUUGUUUUAAACUGUUUUUACUUGUGCGUGUAUGUGUGUUGCAUAGUGUCGUGCAGCAUCGUCCGUCUAGCGACUAUUUCGGUACUGUUGGUAAUUUAAAUUACGGUCAAACUAUGCCUGCAUGCGUGCAAACAUUAGAACUACGCACUGCAACGGAAGAGAGGAGUUUUCGGCUUCUCUUUGGAUGUGUAAAAGCUUUCGCGGUGAAGUUGGAGUUUGUGCAAAUAUAGUAUAAGCAACCCUUCGUUAUGUGUACCGUGAGCUUUUGCGCAGUGAACUCCAUCAUUUGAAGAAUCAUUGCCGUUUUGCUGCGUAAUGCCAUUUGGACGGAUUAGAGUACACAACGGAUGUAUGUGAAUGGCAUCCGGACGAGCAUGAUGGUUCCAUUUCGUUGUGUGCAUGUUUGGUUGUGUAGCAAGUUGUGCUCCGAAAUGAAGUAUUGCCAUGAAAGCGUAAUAAUGGCAGCGGAUGUUGCUAUUGAUGUACCUAGACCACACUCGAUCAGCGUAAGAAGGCUAAUAGUUUCCGUUUGGUAAAUAGAAGGCAAAGAAAAAACAAAAAUGGGUCCAGAACGCUUGGAAUCACAGAUGUACCGAGGAAGCAUACGGUACGCAGGAGCUAUAACUCGAUUUUUGAGAGUUUACUAUAAGUUGAGCAUGCUUCACUUGCAAUUUUAUAUACAUACGCAUAAGUACACAUGCAUUCUUUACAGAAUUUUGUACCAUUAAGGAAUGGCGCGAACAUGGAAAAGAAAACGAAAAGAAGCAACAAGGAAAGUGAAAUAUGGCAGAAAUGUUUUAAUUUUAUUAUGUACGUAUUUAUAACUGUAGUUGACGAAUUAACGUUUAUUUAAUGUUUUGAAUUCGCGUUGAAAGUGGUAAAACACAGACACACACACACACAUUUUCCUUAAAAGAAGCAACCCCCGCCCCCCUCUCCCCUCAGUAACUGUACAUACGCGUCAAUAUGAUCGCAAGAAAGAAGGAAGUUAGUAUGUAAGUUCAGUGUAAGUUGUAUUUCUUUAAAAUAACCACUUUGUAAUGUACUGUUUUUUUUAACUAUUAGUUACACUUUUCGAUUCUAUUGAGAAGAGAAUUCAAUUUGCAUUAUGACGAAACACAAGCAAGGGUUUGGAAAGAGAGGAGGAAUAAUGGUAACGAUCGUUUGUUAGUGAUCGUGAUCGAAAAUGAGCAAAAGCGAAAAUGAGACGACGGAUUAAUGGAAUACAAAUAUUUGCAAAUACAGUGAAAAUUAAUUAUUUUCUUCUGAAAA